AUGCUGGGAGUGUAUGAAGAUCUGCUGAAGAAGGGGACUUCCAUGGAAGCCUACAAUGAAGGGCCGAAGGUUCGCAAGCGAACGGCCGCCAGUGAGGACACGGCAAGGCUCGCACAUCCCAUACUCACCUUCGACGAGAUUAAAAAGAAGCUUGACCCAGAGGCCCUAUUCACGAAGCAGGAGCGAAUUGGCCGUGGCUCCUUUGGUGAAGUGUACAAGGGGAUCGACAAACGAACCGGCCAGGUUGUUGCCAUUAAGAUUAUUGAUCUAGAAGAGGCUGAGGAUGAGAUUGAAGACAUUCAACAGGAGAUUCAGGUACUCAGCCAAUGCGACUCUGCAUAUGUGACAAAGUAUUUUGGCAGCUACUUGAAGGGGUCGAAACUGUGGAUUAUCAUGGAGUAUCUUGGUGGUGGAUCGGCACUCGACCUCACGAAAAGCGGCAAAUUAGAUGAAUCACAGAUCGCCGUGAUAGUCCGUGAGAUUCUGAAGGGCUUAGAGUAUCUGCACUCGGAAAAUAAGAUUCAUCGAGACAUCAAAGCGGCCAACGUGCUGCUUCACGAAUAUGACGGCGGGGUCAAGCUGGCCGAUUUCGGGGUGGCCACUCAUCUUUGGACAAUCAGCGGGAAAAAGGCGGAAACAUUUGUCGGCACCCCAUACUUCAUGGCUCCGGAAGUUAUCACGCAGUCGCGAUAUGACGAUAAGGCCGAUAUCUGGUCACUGGGGAUCACAGCGAUCGAACUUGCGAACGGUGAGCCACCUCACUCCGAUCUCCAUCCAAUGAGGGUGCUAUUCCUAAUUCCAAAAAAUCCGGCGCCCCAUCUGACCGGUUCGCAGUGGACAAAAGGUUUCAAGGAUUUUGUGGAAGCCUGUCUAAAUAAGGAUCCGGAUCAGAGACCUGCCGCUAAAGAACUCCUGAAGCAUCCCUUUAUCCGCAAGGCCAAGAAAAAUUCAGUCCUGCUUGAGCUCAUCGAAAGGGCACAAGCGCAUAGGUGGGGG